AAUUGUGACACCUGAGCCAGCUUGUUUUCAUUUUAUAUUAAGUAAACAAUAGUGAAGUAACAGAUGUACCUCGUCGUACCCCAAUGGAGAUAACAUGACUAUUUCUUAUAUUGCUUUAUACAAGGGAUAUUGACUUAUUAUAAUACUUAUAGAUAGGUCAUAACGUGGGUCAAGUGUGUAAUUUUCGGACCACGACAAAGUAGAAACUGUAAAUGCCGAUCUGAGGAUGGAUGGUACUCGAAAGAAGGAUGUUUAAGGCGGUUCUGUUGGGAGAAGCCGGUGUUGGCAAAUCCUCCAUAUUCUUACGACUUAAAGAAAAUGUCUUUGGGGAAUUUCUUCAACCAACUUUAGGGAUAGAGAGUUGUUCAAAGGUUGUCAAGAUUGACGGACAAAAUAUAACAUUUUGUAUCUGGGAUACAGCAGGAGCAGAAAGAUUUAAAACCAUCACCCGGAAUUACUACCGAAACACGCACGCUGUGUUCUUAGUCUUCAGCUGUGAUGAUCCGGCAUCUCUCCACUACCUGUCUCAGUGGGCAGAGGACUGUACAAACCAUGCACCAAAAGCAUUAAAGUUUCUUAUUGGAAAUAAAUCUGAUUUGGAAAGAUUAAUUCCUGUUGAAAACGUAGAUAAUUUCGCCGCAGCUUUUGACUGUGAAAAUACCUACUUCAUAAGCGCUAAAACAGGUUCUGGAAUUGAAGAAAGCUUCCAAAGAAUUGGUGAAAGACUCAUGGAUGUUUUCAAUACUCCACUUGUAAUUGAAUCUCAGUAUAAUGAAACUGUUGAAAUCACCAAAUUCAAAGCUCAUAAGAGUGGAUGCUGCCAGUGACUAUGUUUGUUUGGUACACAUCAGCUAGCUUCACAUUGAACUGAGGAUUACAUUCACUGGGAAUACAAGCAAUUUUUUUCCUUUUCAAAUAAACUGAUCUCAAUACUUCUAUUUGUACGUUUAAUAAAGUAAAUGUUUUGUUA